AGUGUGGAGCCGUUUUCAAAUUAGUACCGAUUUUUUGGUCGCUCGUUUGUUUUUCUAAUUAAACAACACCUAAAAAAACUCUAGUGAAAAAUCGAAAAUGCGAUUGUUGAUUAUCCCUUGUUGCUUGGCUGUGUUAGUGGCGUUGACAUCAGCAGAAGCUGAAACAAAACCGGCCACCGCCGUUACCGCUGCUGUUAAUAAUGAAGCAGAGAAAAAACAGGACGCAAAUGUUGAAGCCAAAGAUGGUGAAACGACAAAAAAUAAGCGAGGUUUACACGCUUCGUUAGGUGAUUACGCAUCUUUUGGCGGUGGACAUGAAAGCUAUGCAUAUGGUGGUGGUGAUUACGGACAUGGAGGUUGGGACUUUGGAGGACAUGGUGGCGGUUAUGGAGGCUAUGAGAAUCACGAUUUUGGCGCCAGUGAGCAUCAUCAUGAACAUGUCAAACAUAUUACCGUUGAGAAAAAAAUACCAGUACCAUACACAAUAACUAAACACGUUCCUUAUACCGUUGAAAAGAAGGUCCCAUACGAAGUUAAAGUUCCAAUCCCACAGCCCUAUGUUGUCGAAAAGAAAGUGCCGUACAUUGUGAAGGAAUACCAAAAAUAUCCAGUGCAUGUGCCACAGCCUUACGAAGUGAUCAAGAAGGUGCCAGUUCACGUUAAGGUCCCCGUAGAUAAACCAUAUCCAGUAAAGGUACAUGUGCCACAGCCGUACACAGUCGAAAAAAAGGUCCCAGUACACGUCCAUAUACCUCAGCCUUAUCCAGUUAUUCACGAGACUAAAAUCCCAGUGAAGGUGCCUAUUCAUUAUGACGUGCCCCGGCCUUAUGAAGUUAUUAAGAAGGUACCAUACACCGUCAAAGUUCCAGUAGAUAAACCUUAUCCUGUACCCGUGCCAAAGCCGUACGAGGUCAUUCACGAAAAGCCUUACCCCGUAUAUGUCGAGAAGAAAAUUCCAGUCGAGGUGCCUGUGCACGUUCCUAAGCCAUUCCCUGUCAAAGUAGACAAACCAUAUCCCGUCCACGUUCCAUACCCCGUACCAAAGCCUUAUGAAGUGAUCAAAAAGAUACCUUACACCGUGGAAAAACCAGUCCCUUAUGAAGUUAAGGUUGGCAUUGAAAAGCCAUAUCCUGUUUACAAAGAAGUGAAAUUCCCUGUGGUAAAAGAAGUUCCAACACCUGUCAAAGAAAUCGUUCCAUACCAUAUUUCUGCUCCACACCACGUUGAACAUUCACACCAUGUUGAACACCACCACGAACAGUAUGGACAUGACGAACACCAUGGUUAUUAGAUUUACUGUUGUUUAGAGAGCGCGCACAUGAUUUGGAAUAUGGCGCAAGAUAGGUAGUGUAGUGCCAGUUCAUCAUCAUACUCAAAUUGAAACCGAGGGAUUUGCAAAUCAAAUUCAAAAAAAUCUCAAAUUUAAUGUAUAAAUCGUAUCAACAAAACAGUAAUCAAAAAUAACGACGACGACACACAAGUUUCAACAAAUGUGAUUGUGAUAUAUCUUUUUUUUUAUUUUGAAGAUUGUCCUUUUAAAAAUACUCCAGUCAAAUAGUAAUUCUCAUUAUAAAUGAUUGCCCUUGUCCCCCGUGGUACAUACAUCCAUCUAUUUAUCGAUUUCAUUCAUUUGACAACACAUUUCGGUCUUGCAAAAAUUGCGGUUGUAAUUUCACAUAAAAUAAAUCAUAAUAAACAGACAAACAAAACAAAACAUAAACGACAACUGAAAAUUAUCAACAGCAGUGAUUGCCCAAAAUUUCUCAACUCAUUGCCCGAAAAUUCCUUUCUCGAAUUGACCAUGAAAAAAAAAACAAAAGUGUAAAAAUAAUAACCCCCCAUGAAAAUAUGUUACGAUAAUUACGUAUCGAUGAAA